AUGGAAUUCGACGAGGCGUCGGGCAACGUGCGCUACGCCGAGGCCGCGGCGCGCGAGGCCUGGCCCAACGAGUGGUACCCGCUGCGCUGCGCCGACUUCGGGCCGCGCCGGUCGCGCGUGCGCCGCGUCAAGGCGCCCGCGCCGGGCCGGCCCGCCAACUACCUCGCCCGCGCCUACACCAAGGACUGGAAGACGGCGCGGCUGCCGGCGCCCCCUGUCGCGCGCACGCCCGUCUGGGACCACCGCCGGGACCGCUGGCACGACGACGCGAAGCGGGGCCACGCGGCCGAGUCCGUCGAGCUCAAGGCCGCGGACCGCGUGCCCCUCGGCCACCGCUCCCUCGACGACGUCGGGGGCGCGGAGUACGCGCCGCCGCCCGACGACGGCGCCGCGCCCACGCCGACCAUCGGCCACUUCCUCGAGCACCUCGAGGUGACCAAGGGCCACUACGCGCGCCCGACGGGCCCACCCGCGAUGGCGUCCGCCCUCGCGAACCUCGCGAAGCAUUCCCUGGGCAAGGCCCUGCGCGAGACGGGGACGGCCAUGGAGCGCACGUCCAAGGCCUUUGUUGGCGACCUGAGCUUCUGGGACCACGUCUCGCGGCACACGACGGCCGUGCCCGUCGACGCGCAGAGCCCCUGCGUCGCCGAGAGCGCCUGCGUGGCGCCGUCGGCGACGCUCGUGGGGGGCGCGGCCGUCGGCGCCAAGGCGACCGUCGGCGUCGGCGCGGUCGUCUACGGCCCCGCGGCCGUCGGCGACGGCGCCGUGAUCGGCCACGGCGCCGG